AGAGACCUCCCCGUUCAUCGAUUCCAGCAUCUCCUCCGGAUUGGCGGCCCGGCAGCGGACUCCCUUUUCCACCACUAUAAAAAUCCGCCCGCGACGGAGAAAAAAUUGGCAGGCAGCGAGUGGGAAAUUGGCCGCAGCCGGGGCACGACCUGACCAAGAGGGAGCCAAAGAACCUGUCAGAGGGGGGAAGGGUGAGGGGAGGAGGGGAUCAGGCACCGGCGGAGCGGCCAUGUCGUCGUCGUGGAACUCGGUCGGGCUGGAGGUGCUGUACCAGGUGCUGGGCUGGGUCGCCUUCUUCGCCUGGUCCUUCAGCUUCUACCCGCAGGUCCUCCUCAACUACCGGCGCAAGAGUGUUGUGGGUCUGAACUUUGAUUUUCUGGUGUUGAACUUGACAAAGCACUCGUCUUACCUCAUAUACAAUGCGUCUCUGUUCUUCAGCCCGUUUAUCCAGAGACAGUACCAUGACAAAUAUGGUGACAAAGAGAUGAUUCCUGUUGCUGCAAAUGAUGUUGCUUUUUCACUACAUGCGGUUGCAUUGACAGCCUUCACUGUUUUCCAAGUAUUUAUAUAUGAGCGAGGAAUGCAGAAAGUCUCCAAAGUUUGCAUAUCAAUUACUGCUAUUGUCUGGACUGCAGCUAUUGUUUGCCUAAUUAUUGCUUGGCCAAAAAGUGACUGGCUUUGGCUUAUUGAUGUGUUCAAUUCAAUACAAGUUGGUAUGACAGCAAUCAAGUAUAUUCCUCAGGCCAUCAUGAACUUCAGGCGGAAGAGCACAAUUGGUUGGAGCAUUGGCAACAUUUUACUUGAUCUGACGGGAGGUGUGCUCAAUUUUGGUCAAAUGGGUGUACAGUCUAUAGAUCAACAUACGCUGGUAAAUUUCUAUGGAAAUAUUGGGAAAACUCUACUUUCAUUGGAGACGGUUUUCUUCGAUGUUCUAUUCAUAAUUCAGCACUAUGUGCUCUACCCUGUCAAGAAGGAUGAGUAUGACGAUUUCCCUGUGCUUCCUAUCGAAGUAAAACAUGUUGCGGCCCAAUAGGACCAAAUGGAGGAUAUAAACCAUUCUUGGCCCGCAAGUACACACUAUGGUGGGCUGCGUAAUCAGCUGAUGAAAUCGAUGAAGAUGAAGAUGGUGUAUUGGUGUGAAGGAUCCUCCUCACAUGGACUGGUAGGAAGAAUACAUUUGUUUCAGAAGAAAAAUAAAAAUUGAAGAAGACACCAAGGGGUAUACAGUUAUUCAGUGGUAUAUCGUGGAUUUAUCCCAAGGAUGUAUCGAGAGAAAUUAAGUGAUAUAGAAUCUAGUUACUGUGUGCUAUUAGGAUUAGUCUAUGCUAAGAAAAAAGUUUGUCCCUUAUGACAUGAGGAUUGAAGAAAAAAAAACUGAUUCAAUCUUC